AUGAAACAGGCCGUGGCGGCGGCGAAGAAGCCGCCGCCGCCGGAGUUUGUACUGAAGCGCCGCGCUAAAGCGGCGGCGGCGGCGGGGGGCCCCGCCGCCGCUAGGGCCCCCGGCGGCCGUCGUCCCGGUGUGGUGGGUACCGAGGCCGGGCUGACCAGGGUGCUUGCGAUCGAUUGUGAGAUGGUCGGCGUGGGGCCCAAGGGGACUGAGAGCGCGUUGGCGCGGGUUUGCCUGGUCAACAGCUCCGGUUCCGUACUUUUGGACACGUUCGUACAGCCCAAGGAAAAGGUGACGGACCACAGGACCUGGGUGAGCGGCGUACGGCCUUCGGACCUGGCAGGCGGACGUCCGGUUGAUGACGUCAUAAAGCAGGUGGGUGAGCUGGUCAAGGACCGCGUGCUGGUGGGGCACUCCAUCGGCAACGACCUGCGCGCUCUGCGGCUGGAGGACCACCCCCGGGCGCUGCUGCGGGACACGGCCAAAUACCCGGGCCUUAUGAAGGAGCUGCCCGGGGGCAGGAAGGUCUCGGCAUCGCUCAAGGACCUCGCCGCCACCCACCUGGGCCUUACCAUACAGGAGGGGGAGCACACACCCGUGGACGACGCGCGUGCCGCCCUCUACCUCUACCAGAAAUACCACCGGGUGAGAGUGAGGGGGGGCCCAGGGGGGUGA